AGGCAUUUGGACUCGCUUUGCCUUUCCUUUUUGGCCCCUAAGCGCCACUUCAGCCACUGACUCCAGUUCUUGUGUCGGUUUUGAUCUAUCUGGCUGCAGAGAGAGGACACACCAUGUUCACUCUUGCUGUGUUCUUGCUUUGUGCAGCCUCCUGUGUCUCAGUUUCUGCCAAAGGUGCUGCUUUGGGACCCCGGCUGAAUAACAACCAGCUGUACAAAUUCAGCUACACCACUGAGGUGCUGGUGGACAGGGCCAGGAGGUCAAAAGAGGGCAGUGCUGGCUACAGGAUCUCAAGUGACGUUGACGUCCAUCUAGUUUGGAGACAUCCGAGUAGCAAGGAUGACCAACUGAUACAGCUGAUGAUCUCAAAUGUGAGAGUUGACCAUGCCUCCAAACGAUCAGAGAAGAAGAACGUCCUUCAUGGUUCCACAACUGAAAGUCUCCUGGGGAAAACUAGACUGGCAGCUCUGACAAAACCUUUCUUGGUGCAUUUGAAAAAUGGAAAGGUAAAAGCAUUUUAUUCCUACUGGGCUGAGCCUGCAACCAUCAAGAACAUAAAGAGAGGGUUGGCCAGCUUACUGCAAGUACAGCCUCACACUGGGAAGGUUAUAGAGAAUGAUGUGUCUGGAAGGUGCACAAUUGAGUACAAGGCCGUAAAGGGUCAAGUGACACGCACCAAGCUGCUGGAGACGUGUAAGACUGAAGAGAUUGGAUUCACCACACAGAGUCAGGUCUUGGGUGUGAGCAAGAAGGCUAGUUCUGUUACAGUGUUUACACUUGAAGAUGGUUUCGUACGGUCAGCCGUGGCUGAAGAAACUCACUCACUGGCUGUUAACGUCCACAGGUCCACAGCAGCUAAAGUUGUAUCCAGGCAAACUCUCACAUUGGUAAGGACAGAGGCUGGACCGCUGGAGGCCGCUGGGAAAGAUGUUGCAGGGGUGGUCAAGUCCAUUGAUGCCAAACUGGCUGCUGUUGGUAUCGUGGCUGAGAAGGUUAAAGCCCAGUGCAAAGGCUGUCCAUCACUUUUUGAACAUUGGCAGGCUGAACAGAAGCAGCUGGAGCCAGCUAGCCUGUCCAAGGCCACGGCUCCUCGGAGCUUCCUGGCUCUCAUCCAGAGCAUUAGGAAGGCGUCCAAGGACGAGAUCCUCAAGGUGUUGAAGAGUGCCAGCCAGCCAUCUCUACCUCAGGUGGUGGAUGCUGUGACGUCCUCCCAGACAACUGCAUCCUUGGAUGCUAUGCUUGAAUUCCUUAACUUCACCGAUGCCAAAAGUUUUGUUCUGCAGGAGAGGUUUCUCUAUGCAUGUGGAUUUUCCUCACAUCCCAAUGAGAGGAUGCUCCAGGCUCUGCUGGGCAUUUCUAAAGGAAAGAUCGGCAGCACUGACAUCAAAGAGUCAGUGGUGAUCAUUAUGGGAGCUCUGGUCUACAAACUCUGUCAGAAAGGAGAGUGCAACUUACCGACAGUGCUGCAGGUGAAGAAGAUGAUUUUAGAAGGUCCUUACAGCACACAAGUAGAAUCUGAGGUCCAGAUGUACCUCCUGGCUCUGAAAAACGCUCUGCUCCCUGAAGCCAUUCCCAUCUUUACCAAAUACGCCGAAUCAGAAGUGGGAGCAUACAACACCAUUUCCCUCACCGCCCUGCAGAGAUACAACGUCAAUCUCAUGACUGAUGAGGUAAAACAGACAGUGAACAGAGUUUACCACCAGAAUCGACGGAUCUAUGAGAAAAAUGUGAGAGCUGCUGCUGCCGACGUCAUCCUCAGUAGCAACCCCUCGUACAUGGAGGUCAAGAAUCUACUUCUGUCCAUCGGAAACCUUCCCCAUGAAAUGAACAAAUACAUGCUGUCUAAGAUUCAGGACAUCUUGCGCUUCCAGAUGCCUGCCAGCAAAGUUUUGAGACAAGUUAUGAAGGACAUGAUUUCCCACAACUACAACCGCUUUGCAAAAGUUGGGUCAUCAUCUGCAUACUCAGGAUUUAUGGCAAAAUCAAUGGAUGUCACCUCCACAUACAGUUUGGACAUCCUGUAUUCAGGCUCUGGGAUCCUGAGGAGAAGCAACAUGAAUAUUUAUGGUGCUAGUAAAGGAGCAAUGCUACAUGGGCUUCAGGUGGCAAUUGAGGCACAGGGUCUGGAAUCACUGAUUGCAGCCACACCUGAUGAGGGAGAGCAAGACCUGGAGUCGUUUGCUGGGAUGUCGGCUGUGCUGUUUGAUGUCCAACUGAGGCCAGUCACCUUCUUCAAGGGCUACAGUGACCUCAUGUCCAAAAUGUUCUCCAUGUCUGGGGAGCCCAUGAAUGUAGUGAAAGGUCUGAUCCUGCUGACUGAUCAUUCUGAGGUCAUUCAGCUGCAGUCUGGUCUAAAGGCGAGUGCAGAGUUCCAAGGAGGGUUAGCCAUCGACAUCUCUGGAGGCAUGGAGAUCAGUCUGUGGUACAGGGAGUCCAAGACCAGCGUCAACAACAGGGGAGCGUUAGUGGUCACUGCUAAUGUCACUGUGGACCUGGACUUUAUGAAAACGGGUGUGGAGGUCAGCUUUGAAACAGAGGCCUCACUGGACUUCAUCACCACUGUCCAGUUCUCCGAAUAUCCCUUCUUAGUGUGCAUGCAGAUGGACAAAACUACCUUCCCCGUCAGUGAAUACCUGAAGAAGUAUGAUAGCCUGUCAUCAGGGAAGAGCGUUUUGUCGCAAAAGAGCAGGAAGCAGCUCGUCCCCGGCUCUGAAUUCCCUCUUCACCAGGAGAACUCAAACAUGUGUAAGAAGGUUUUUGACUCCAGCUGGUAAAAUGUGACGUCAUGAACUUCCAGGAGGGAGUCUUCAUUCAUUUGGGCAGGUUAUUGUCACUCAGUGUUCAUUGCUUUCAGGGACCAGUUAUCAAAUCUCAGCCUCAAGCAGUGAAAGACUGCAAGAGAGGAAAGUGGCAAAUGUUUUUUUUUUUUUUUUUUUUUUUUUUUACAACACAUGCAAUGUUUACAUUCCUGUGAGUAUUUAAGUCAUUUUAAUUUUGUUAGCAAUCAGGAAUUCUUGCAUUGUUUUUUAUGGAUUUCUUUGAAAAUGUAUUUAUGGUGGGCACAUGGAUGUUUUGUUUGAAGGGUAAUACUCAACAUGAAUAGUACCCCUAUAAUUUUCCCCCAACACAGUUGCAGUGAAGAUGUAAAUACACACUGGAGAGCGUGAAUUAAACUUUCACCAUGAAUAUAAAUGCUCUUUUUUCUCUCUAAAUCCCUUUGUUGUUUAAUUAAAUAGGCGUUUACUUAAGAGGAGCAUUUUUAACUGUAUGUCACUGUAUCAUUGUUCACACAGUUGAAAUAACAUAUGUACCAGACUAAUGAUAUUGAUCAAUUCCAUUUUUCAUGAUUAUAUUGGUAAUUGUCUAAACUAUUCCUACAGAGACAAUGUGUUUGCAUAGUCUUUUACUUUGUACUUGCAAGAUUUGAAGUGAAAAUCAAAUCUACAAAAGUGAAACCAUCAACACUUGAACAUAGUUUUUUUGUAUUGGCUGUAAUUGCUCUGUAUGUCUGAAAAUGUUUGGGAAGUUUCAAGACUCUGGAGCUACCCCUUGUGUUUCCAUAUUUUGAGAUCAGUUUUUGUUGGAUUUGUAAUUGACUGAGAAUAAACGUACACUGGAAACACUUUG